CUGUGAUGCUGUGAUGCUGGCCUGCUGCCCUGUGAGCUUGUGAUUUCAAGCUGUGAAAUGGUGAAUUUGUUAAUUGUUCAAGCUGUGAUACUGCCUGCUGGCCUGCUGCUCGCCUAGUCGGCAGUCGCCUGCUGCCCUGCUCCACUGCUCGAGAGUCGAGAGCGUGCUCUGCGCUCACCGCUCUUCGCUUCGUCGCUUCUUCUAAAGUCUAAUCUCCUAUUCUCAUUUUGCUAAAUGAAGAGAAAACGCACUCCAAAUGAACUGCAAAACAUUACUAGCUUCUUUGCUAAAAAGAAUCCUACUUCAACUUCUCUUCCACAUCCCACACAAAAUGAACAAACUAUAUCUCCACCUCAACAGAGUGAACAAACUAUAUGUCCACCUCAAGAAAGUGAACAACAUUCAUCUCCAUCUAAUUAUUCCACUCAAAAUUCCCCUCAAAAUGAACAAGGCCAAUGUUCUCCUAAUGCCCCAAUCUUUGGUGAAAGAUUAAGUGAACAUGAAUUUGCUAAUCUUCCACAAGAUCCAGGAAAGAGGAGAAAGAUGAGUCAAUUUCAUAAAGAUGAUAGAGAUUUAGUGAGAAGAAUUUACAUUCAAAGAAAGCCUUGUCAGCCCAAAGACUUUAUAUUUCCUCAAACUUCUAUUUUUGGCAAAAACCGUCGCUUUUGUGCUAAGUGGUUUGAUACUUGGACUUGGCUUGAGUAUAGUGUGGAAAAGGAUGCUGCCUAUUGUUUCCCUUGUUAUCUAUUCAAGGAUGAAAAUGCAUUUGGAGGUGAUGCUUUUGUUAGUGAUGGUUUCAAAUCAUGGAAUCGAUCGGAUUUAAUAAGAAAACAUGUGGGUAAGCACACGAGUGCACAUAAUAAUGCAGUGUUAGCUAUGGAUUUCGGUAAAUUUUUUUUUUUUAGAUACUUGAUUAUCGAUUGUGACUCACCAGUCGGAAAUUCCUGGGUCCGCCACUGGAAAUGUUAAACCUUAUUACACACAAAGUACUUUUUAUAGGGCAUAUAA